GGACCGGUUCAUACGAGGAAACCCGACCAUGGCGACGUCUCAGCCUCCCCUCCGCUUCACCGGCCACAAGAAUUUGGUGCACCGUCUGGUGCUGGCCACCCUCACUGGCCGGACGGUGCACAUCUCCCAGAUCCGAUCCUCGUCGCCAACGAAUCCGGGCCUGGCGCCGCAUGAGAUUUCGUUUCUGCGGCUGCUGGAGUCUGUCACGAACGGCUCCGAGAUGGAGAUCUCAUACACCGGUACCAUCCUGGUCUACAAGCCGGGUCUGAUCACAGGCAGCGCCGCGGGGCACGGCACCAGCGGCGGGUUCAUCCGCCACGAGCUGCCUGCCGGGUGCACGCGCGGCGUGAGUUACUUCCUCGUCCCGUUGUGUCUGCUGGCGCCCUUCUCCAAGUCGCCGAUGAAGGUCACCUUCACGGGGCCUGGUGUCAUCACCUCCGCGACGCCCGCGGGGGAUCUGUCCGUUGACAGCGUCCGCACCGCCAUCCUGCCGCUGUACAACCAGUUCGGCAUCUUCAACAACAUCGAGCUCCGCGUGCUGCGGCGUUCGAAUAUCGGGGCGCAUGGUAAAGGCGGCGCGGGAGAGGUUCAGCUGGUGUUCGGCCACCAGGUUCGUCUGCCCAAGACUCUGCACCUGCUGAACCCCGGAAGGAUCAAGAAGAUCCGCGGUGUGGCGUAUUCGGUUGGCGUGGCGGCCUCGAACAACGCGCGGAUGAUCGAGGUCGCCCGCGGGGUGCUCAACCCCUUGGUUCCGGAUACUUAUAUCUUCUCGGACGUCUCGUCCGCGCCGCUGGUGCCCGCACCCGAGCGCAACAACGCCUCCGCCAAGAAGAAGUUCGGCCUCGGGUUCGGCCUCUCCCUCGUGGCUGAGUCGUCGACGGGCUGCUUCUUCUCCGCUGACGUGGUCUCCCCGCCUUCAGGCGGACAGCCGCCGGAGGACAUCGGAAAAAACUGCGCGUACCAGCUGCUCGAGACGAUCGCCAAGGGCGGUUGCGUGCCCCCCGCCGCUGCGUCUACCAUGGUCACCCUGAUGACUAUGGGAUCAGAGGACGUCAGCCGUCUUCAGAUCGGCCGCGCAGUCAUCGCAGAUGAGAACUUGAUCCAAGUUGCACGCGACCUGUCCAAAUUCGGAGCCCCAGGUUGGGGCAUCCGCGACGCCGCCGGCGAGAACGAGGAUGGAGAUGUGAUCAUCAGCGUCGUCGGACGGGGGAUCGGCAAUGUCGGAAGAAAGGUUGCUUGAUCGAAUUGCCUAUACCGUCGCCCCCCUCCCCCAAAAGCCUUUUCAUCGCCCAUACAAUUAUCCCUCCGCCCAACACAUACCCAUUGGGAAAUACCUCAUGGUCGGGCAUCGUGGCCACAGCCCGCUUCGUUACAGCAUUACGGGGCUCUGCAUAGACAUCCGUUUCAGGCGCUUGCUUGCCUGCUUGCUUGCUUGCGACUAAAAUCUCGCAGAUCAGGACAUACAUUACAUCAAAAGUCCAGCCUGAUGUCUUCUUCCACACGUCGACAUUCAUGACCCAGCUGUCCAAAUCCCCUUCGAUCUUGGACCUUGCACUAUUCGUGCAUUCUAUCUGCACUGUAUAAUAGAUACCCGGACAAUAGACAUCCAUUAUCUUGUUUGCAA